AGUACAAUAAUCUGAAGAAGGAACCACUGUAAAUAAAUACCAAAGAACAUGGAAAAGUGCUUUGUUCUUUCCAUGAUCUGUGUAAAUAAAUAAUGUAUGAUAUCAGAAAGGUUCUAACGUUAUAAAAGGCUGUGAUUAUAUUCACAUGAAUAUCGUCAAGGCGCUUCGUUUAAUUAACCCGAGAAAGAAACGCGAUUCCAUCAUGGACACAGCUUUGCUGUUGGAGACGCAGGAGAGAGAGGCAGAGUCCUCUCAGACGUUGAGUGACCACACAUCAGCCACCCAGCUGCUGAGGCUGCAAGUGGAAGACCUGCAGAAGAGACUGCAGGAGAAAGACCACAAACUCUCAGAGGCACAACAGGUUAUCAGAGGUUUACGAGAUGAGAUCCUGGUUCUCCAGAGACAGCUGGAGGCUGAGAGGAGGAAGUCCCAGGAUACAGGGCAACCCCAAGCCAGGAAACCACACAAGGUCCAAUUUAAAAGAGCUUAUAAGCAGCAAGCCAGGAAACCCCACAAGGUCCAGUUCAAAAGAGUUAAUGAGGUCAGUCAGCCCAGUUCCCCUUCGUCAGAGCACUUCCACACUGCCCUCUCAGAUUCCCUCCACAAUGAUGCAACAUCAGCACAGAGAAGGCUUUCGUUGAGGUCAUCAGUUAGACUAGAGGACUGGGGACCCAAACUCAACCCAGAUGGAGUGCUUUUGUUACCACCAGUGGAGCAUGAGGAUGAGGUUGAUGACAUCAAUGAUAAUGAUUACAUCCCUGAUGAAGCUGAUGACGUUAUUGACAUCAAUGACGAUAAUGAUGACACUGGUGACCAUCAUAGGACACCGAGAAGGCCACUGCUGGCGGCCAGACUACCAAAGCACAAAGAGAAGCACAAAGAAGCACAAGGCAUAAAGAGGACUUCCAUUAAAACCAGAGGCCAUGAAUGCAGCACGUGCGGAAAAUGGUUUGCAAAACCAUGUCUCCUCCGCAAGCAUGAACCUGUACAUUCUAAAGAGAAACCAUAUCCUUGCGAACUUUGUGGAAAAUCCUUCAGUCAAGCGCGUUACGCCAAGCUGCACUUUAAGAGGCGCCAUAGCAGUGAGACCCGUGUCGUGAAAGAGAAGACUCAUCAGUGUCAGGACUGCGGGAAAAUGUUUUCCUCCAGUAGCAACCUGAAAACUCAUCAGAUAAGGCACACUGGAGACAGGGCCUAUUCCUGUAAACUGUGUGACAAGAGGUAUUUCACCCUGGGUAGCCUGCGAAACCAUGAAAACGCACAUGCUGGCGUUAGACCCUUCAUGUGUUCGGACUGCGGGCAGUCGUUUACUUCUUCUUCGCAACUAACAAUACACAUGCGCAGGCAUACGGGUGAGAGGCCAUAUCCGUGCUCUCAGUGUCCUAAGGCAUUCGCUAGCACAGCCAUUCUGAGGUCACACCUCUUGACCCACUCUGGUGAAAAGCCACACGUCUGCCCGGACUGUGGACUGACUUUCCACAGGGUCUCGACUCUCAACAGGCACAAGAUCACGCACACUGGGGUGAGGGCUCAUCUCUGCCCAAUUUGUGGAAAGUCGUUCGGUCAAGCAAGCGUCCUCAAGACGCACCUACGCGUUCACACCGGAGACAAACCCCACCGUUGCACCAUCUGUGGGGAAAGGUUCAGCCAGGUACAGACCCUUCAAUCCCACCAGAAACGGGCACACUGUGAAAAAGAACAGAAAGAGCAGGCAUCCAGUACAAGACAAGAACUCAACUGCAGGAACGUGGACAACUGGGUAGUGACGUCACUAAACACCUCCCUCAGAUGACUAAAACCGAGGACGGAUCUGAUUUGAAUGGUCGACUUUAAUGUUGUCGAUGGCUUUGAUAUCCAACACCAUCAAUGUAGCUGAGCACUUAUUAUUGCUACAAAUGUAAUUACUUAAAGGUACACUGUGCAGGAAAUGGUCUGAAAAGGUACUGCAACUAUGUUGCUUAUUGAAACUGGGUUGCCUAUUACCAAAUUUGAUAUUUUCAUGAAGGUUUACUAAGUAAUAAACUAAUAUUGUCUUCUAUGGCCCAAGUACAGUCAUCUUUCAACAUUCAAAAUGGCGGACCAUGGAGAAGAUACCCCUUUGAUGUAGGCCUAUGAAAAGUGCAAUUUUCCCAGUCAUAAUGAAUACUUUGAAUUUGACUGUGGUGGUAAGUAUUCAUGAAAAAAUAGUGAAUGGGUAGCAUGAAACCUGGAAAUAAACAACUUAAAAUCUUACACAGUGUACCUUUAAUAUAUUUUUAGCAUCAAUUGACUGAAAUGAAAUGUCCACUGCGAAUAAUGGAUGUAUUGUGAUCCUAUAGGUACAUGGUAUAAUGUGAUCCUAUUGUUUAGGUAAUAAUAAAUAUUGAUGACAAUAA